UGGACACCCAACCUUUAACAAAAACAUGCAGGCAUUAGUUGUAACUAUUAAUGAUUCAAGCGAGCUCGGAUCAGUUGGAGUGUAUCAUUGACGAAGAAAAGGAUUAGAAAUUAAGGAUUUUGAUGCAUUCGAAAUCGGUUAGCUAUAUAAAGAGAAAAACGCAAAUCUGCAACAAAAUGUCUGCCGCCGAUCCACAGGUCAAAAAGGGGGAAGGCGGUGGCAAAUUAUUAUUAUUAUGGAAGCAUUUAACGUUGAUACACCCCAUACACAACCGUAACCCUGCCAGACAGACUAUAACGGUCCCUAGCCCAGUAAAAGAGACCAUGAGAACCACCAGCAUUCGGUUUAAAUUCAAAAGGAUGGGUCUUGAGUGCACGUUUGAAGAAAAAACAUUACGACGUGCAACUGUUGGAUUAUUCAUACUGACAAUUGUACAGUUACUCCUCUUGACUGCAUCGUGGAGAAUCAUUAUGGAACCGCCGCCAUUGGAGAGCAGCAUGCAUUGUGUGACAUGCGAUGACAUAAAACAAACGAGUCCGUACACUGACACAGAACACGUUAUUGAUGCAUGGAGACAAAUAUAUAACGAUUCGGUAUGCUGUGGUCCAAUUCGCCAAAUUAUGGAGCUCCGCAUUAAAAACGAGAUGACAAAACAAUACCUCGAAAACAGACAAGCAAAUCCGAGUCAAUUAGUCGGAGAAUCGUUUAUCACCGACUGUGAGUGGCAGGGGAUCAAAACGCCUACAGCCAAACUGGUUGGAGUGGUAGAUAGCGUACCGAGUCAUAUAGUCCAAGGUCAUUCAAAAGUUCGAUGGAAUAAAAACGGCACCACAUUCACUUCAAACAAAUGCAUUCAUCUCGAACUAGAGGGAGAAGUAUUCAUCGAGAAACCAGGCUACUUCAUAGUGAGUUCUAUGCUGAAUGUUAAUGCCACAGGAACGGACAAUACAACAACAACAACAACAUUCAGUCACCAUGUUAAUCUACUGUCCCACAAAUUUGGAAAAACUAGUGUUCUUAUGAGACGUGAAAGAUCUAUCAAUGAAUCAAGCGAAGUUGUUUAUACAAGUUUGUUAUCUGCGGUUUUCAAACUGUAUAAAACUGAUAGAAUAUCUGUAUCUGUAAGCCACCCAAACUAUUUAUCUCAUAACAAUUAUAAUGACCAUUUCACUGCGUACUACACUUACGAUAUGCCGUAAUUCGAUGAAACACUUCUUAUCUCACGCAAACUUAACAAAUCGUAUUAUCAACCUAUUCUUAUGAACAAAGUAUUAAUCCUUUAACUUGGCCAAAAUACAACAAAAUAUCCUACACUUACAAUCCUACAUGUAUAACAGUGCCAUGUAUAAUUCGAAACAUUAAUCCCAAUGUUAUUUUAAUGCAAUCGAUUCCAUACAUCACAUAUAAGAAGUACAAAUUUAUGAUAAAAAACCUUAUUCAUACUUUUUUAUUUAAUUAUAAAUUUGAAAUCAUGUGAAGAUACUUGGUAUCUUUAAGAUAUGUAAGAUACUAUACUAAGUUUUCGGUACAUUUCGUUUUUAGAUUUCAAUAGAUAUUCGACAACAUUUAUUUAUUUUUAUUGUUUUAUCAUAUUUUCAUUAUGUUCUUCCUCCAUUUUAUGCAAUGAUUCUUUCAUUAUAAGACCCUAUGACUCAGAUGUCCUAUUGAAACGGAUCCCUGCACUUUAAAUCCGAUCUUUGAGUACUUGAAAUAAUUUCUUUAAUACUAUCAGUUUAUAUGGGUUUUUGGUAAAUUUAUUAAAUUUAUUCUUCAUUGUUCGUGUUGGGGUUAAUUUUUUUUAUUUUGUUUUUUAUCGAUAAAUAUUGGGACAUGUGUGAGUUACGGCCUUAGCAAACUAGAUUCACUUCCAAGUGAAAGCCUGCUUUCAUUGACCCUUUCAAGACGGUACCACAAUAUUUAUCAAGACACUGCUUGUUUCUUUUGUUUUAAAUUGUUCUUCCGUUCUUUGUUUAUGACUAUUAACUUGUGUUUUGGCUGUGACUUAAAUUUCUUCAAAUAUUUUAAGUUUUCAAAUCAUUUGGAAGGAGAGAAUAGCAUAAACUAGUCGCAUUUAUUUAAAAAAAAUGUUUUUCUUUAUUUGUUUCCAGUUUUAGUACAAUGCUUUUUAUUAUGAAACUCUAUGCUCACACAGUUUUAUACCUUUUAUUUUAUAAGGCAGACUGUGUGUGAUGUUUUUGGUUUCUAACGAUGACUGCAUCGUAUCUUUGAAAAGUAUUUGCAUUAGGUGCUCUGAAUUGUUUCCGUCCGUCUGCAGAUAGAGUUGGGAUCUCUAAUCAUUGAAGUACUUGGGAUUUACCUUUUCGUUUUUUAUUAUUAUUUGUUUUAUUGAUAAGUUUCCUCAAGUUAAUGCAUACUUUGAUAAGAUUUAUCUUUUGCGUUUUAUCUUUAUUAAGAAUUGUUGGGAUAAGAGUGAGGUUUGUGCACAUAAACUGGUUUAAACCCCUAGUAAAUUUACAUUUUACUGACCGUUCCAAGGCGGUACCCAACAAUUCUUGAUAAACAUACCAAUUAUUUAUAUAUAUUUAUAGUAUUAUGCACUGUGCUGUUUGUAGAGUUGUGUGCUGUUCUAUGUUUCUUGUUUGUGAAUUUGUGUUCUAUGUCUUUGGCGUUUGCCCAUUGCCACUAAACCGGGUUUACGUUUAAACUUUUUGCUACUAAGCAUGUUUCUGUAGCUUUUUGCAUAUAUAUUGUUUUGUAAACUAAUUAUUGGGAAAUAUGUGAGGUUAUGUCCAUAUAAACUAGUUUAAGUACCCAAGGAAACACGUGUUACACUGACCGUCCCGAGGCGGUAUUCCCAUCAUUUAUCGGUAAUGCUAUUGUGAUGAUUGUGUGGUAUGUGUUUGUUGUGUGUAUAUUUGUAAAUGGUUGGUAAUCAUACGUUAAUGUCCCUAGUUCAUUGGUCCUAACUUUUGCCUGUAAACUAGUGUUUUUUUGAAUGUUUGACAAAAGAGCUUGUUCCUGUGACAUGAUAAAAGUGCUUGUAGCUGUAGUUUUUAUUGUUUUACCGUGUUGUAGUCUAUUCGACAUAGUGUUCAUAUAGUAUUGUUUUUGUAUUUAAUUUGAUAUCCAACUGUAUGAAAUGUUAGGGGUUUUUAUUGGUUUAUUGAUUUUUCUUAAAUAAAAUACUAGUAAUUAAUCAUAUUUGACCAAAACUUAGCAAGAUACGGACAAUUAAUAAGAAAGUUAUUACAGUCUUCUUCUUGAUGACAGAGAUUUUUCGCUUAGAUAUUCCAGUGGAUUAAGUCUGAAUUUGUUGUCAUGGUGUUAUGAAGUUUAUAUUUAUUUUAUUCAAUGUAAUUAUUUUUAGCUCGACUAUUCGAAAAUGAUAAGGAGGCUUAACUACUCGCCCCAGCGUCGGCGUCGGUGUCGGCGUCGACGUCCUGUUAAAGUUUUUAGGGCAAGUUGGCAUUUUCACUUAUAACUCAAAUAUCCUUCAUUCAGUUAUCUCCACACAUUUUUUAAGUAACUUUAGCGACCAGCCUUGGUUUAUAGAAAGAGUUUAUAGAACAGUUAAUGGGAUUGUGUUUGAGGCCCCGAGAGUAAUGGUCAAGGUCAAUAUCACUGUUGCUUAAACUUGGUAUAAAGGAAGACUUUAAGGUGACCAAUGAUGUGAUUGCAUUUGGGGUCCCUAGGGUCAACGUCAAGGUAACUGUUACUUAAAUUAGAAAAAACAACAGUUAAAACUGAAGCUCAUUACAAAUGCUGAAGUUUUGUCAAUUAUUCAAUACAUGCUUUCGUCGCAUUGCGAAGUUUCUUGUUUACUUUUUAAUUGCAUUUUUUAUCUCUUUUGACAGGCACAUAUUACAUUAUUGUAUUCAUUCCUAAGACAAAGCGGCGUAUAGUCGAGUGAGCUGUCUUACGACAGUUAUUUAUUACCUGAAAUAGCUUGCGUCCGUAUUUUAAAAUACUCAUUCUUCAACAGUAGAUGUUUUUACUCUUAUAAAACAAAAUAUUAUAGGAGUUUUUGGUUUGUCAGAUAACAAUUUUUUAAUUAUUAUUGAAUAUACCUUUCAACUGCAAUAUCUUGAAUAUAUGAAAGUGUACUGUUUUUACGAAUGCAUUUCCCGUAGCGUGUUCUUAAUAUUACUUGUACUUAACACAUGUUAAGAUGUUCAAAAUAUUUAACAAUAUUUUGGUUUACAUUUAUUUCCAUGGUAUUACUUUUUGUUUUCAUCUCUGAUAUUAUUUAAAAAAGGCAUUACAAUUGCAUUUCAAUUAAGAUAUUUACAAUUGUUUGGUAAGAAAAAAUGCUUAAAUUAAUCAUUAAUGUUUGAUUACUGUUAAUAUAUUUAUGCCUACACCAGGCGGAUCCAUGAAUUGAAGUUAGAGCGGCAUAACUUAAUGGCACAACCUUUUGACAUUCGCCCCUCCCUCAGAAACGAUUAAAUUUAGACGGUCUAUAUGAGAUGCGCGCCAGGUGCGCCCCCGACUUAUCUGCCAGUACUACAAGGUCAUUAUAAAUUGCGUUGUCUUAAAUUUAAACAGUAUGAUUAACUUUUCUGAUUAUGUUUGAUGUUGUUGUUAUCUUCUAAGUCCGUUGUUUUUUUUCCUAGGGAUGUAUUUAAUAUACCUUUUGUCAUUAUCCUUGGAUAUACCCCGUAGCUUACGUUCUGUUUAUUAGUUUUUAUGCUUGCUGUGUUUCUUUUACAUGAUGUAAACCGUUUUCAAUUGUUCAUGUGAUUUAUAUUAGCUUUGUAAUAAAAUCCUUUUGAAUGGAUUCUACAAAAAGCAGCGUUCGUUUCCAAGUUCAUGAUAAAUUUAGAAAACGACAAAUCUUACUUACAAAAUUCGCAACGUGAAUAGGUCGAACAUUUUUUUCAUUUGACAAAUUUAUGAAACUUAUUAGAGCUAGAUAAGACGAAUUUAUUUGAAACAACCACGACGCGGUUGAAUAAAGCUUUUCCAUACCAGUUCGGGGCAUUAGAAGGGGCAUAUAAAAUAUUCAAUGACAAAAUUAAGAAGAAAACAUCGGCUAGAUCAACGACAACGGACAGGAACUAGAGUGUGUUUAUAAAUGUUAAUUGACUGUACAUCAGAUUGGCACCAAAAAAGCUUUU